UUCUGCGAUUACUUUGUUACUGAUUCCCAAGAAUAAGUCAAAAUGAUCACAACACCAGAAGAAUAAUCAGUUUUUGCAGCUGCACUUAAUGAGUUUAAAUCUAUAUGGGCAUCCUACCAGAACGGAAAAGUGGUUUAUCAACCCAGAUCCAAUAACACUAAAGCAGACUUCUUUGCAAGGCCGCUUUAUUGGAUUGGAUAGACACUAGAAACUUGUCAUUCGCGGAUUUGUGCUAAGUAUUUUCUCAGUUCUCUUAUUGUGAUAAAAAAAGCUAUGGCUCUGAUCGAACAUUCCACAAAGGCUACAUCGAUGAGACCACAUUUUCUCCAUCGAAAACUCGGAACUGAAAUCUCUGUUUCUGUCAUGGAAUGUCUUACAAGAUAGUUCACAGGCUCUAGAAGAGUGGAAGGUAACCACAAUCUGAUCAUUUUCAUGCAACUAUAUAUAUCUUUUUAUUACAUUUGUACUUAUGUAUAUGGACUAUGGUGAGCACAAACAAACUAAGAGUUGUAGGCAGAAGUUAGGUGUGUUAACGUUUUUUCGUUUGUACAUCUUACCUCCAAUAAAAUCAACAUCACUUUCUCAACCUAGUAGGCCACAUAAGUCAAUUACUAUCGAAAAAUGAACAAAACGCGUUUAAGUUAUUAUUUACAUAAGUCUCAUCAUUUGUUUCCCCAUAUCUGUCUUGCAUGGAAACCACAUCAAAACUUCCUGUUUAAUAUUGUGGUUUCUUGUUCUCCUUUCUUUUUGCCUAAGUGAGCAAUUGCCAACUAAUUUGUUUUAGAAAGAUUGAUUAAUCAUUUUCAACCUCUUUAUAAGAAAACACUUAAGAUGUGUUAAAAUCUUGAAACCAAAAGUCUACAAAUUAAAUCAUCUCCAGCAACAAUGGGAAAUGUUCUAAAGCCUCUUACGGAAGAUCCUCUUUCAUUUGCUUACGAGCCUCUCCUCAGCUCACCAAGUUGGUUUACAUAUCUCUGUUUUAAGAGCAUUUUUACAUAUAGUAAUAAUAUUAAAAUACGUCGUUCAAUAUGUAUCAAAGUUGAUAAAGAAAAUGAGGAUCUGAGAGUCUUCAGCGUCACGGAACUGAAGAAAGCAACGAACAACUUCAGAAAAGAGAGGGUCGUAGAUGAAGAGGAUGGCUCUGUUCGAACAUUCUACAAGGGCUCCAUCGAUGACACCUCAUCAAGAACUAAAAAAAGAAUCUCUGUUUUUGUCAUGGAAUGUCUUCAAGAUAGUUUAGAGGCUAUAGAAGCGUGGAAGGAAGAGGUGAAGUCUCUAGGAAAACAUUCUCAUCCAAACAUAGUAAAAUUUUUGGGUUAUUGUUGUGAAGAUAAAAAAUCACUAUUGGUGUUUGAAUACCUGCACAAAGGAACUUUGGAUCAUCAUUUUCAGGGAAAGAAUGAGGUCUUGUCAUGGGUUAAGAUAGCCAUUGGGAUAGCACAAGGUGUUGCUUUUCUCCACUCAAUCAAGAACUCCUCGCUAUAUUUGGAACUCAGAAGGCAUAACAUUAUGCUUGACGAGGAAUACAAUGCAAAACUGUUUUACCUUGAAACAGACAAAAAAUGUCUGGAAAAAGGAUUGAGAGUUGUUAGAGGAAUUAAAUACAUGCCUCCUGAAAGGCUAAGGACAGGCCGUUUUGAAAUGGAUUCCGAUGUUUUCACAUUUGGUAUGAUCUUGCUUGAACUUUUUACUGGUUUGAAAGGAGCCUUGCUUCCGCCUUUAAUUGCUUUGAGAGAUGGCUCAAAAAAGUUGGAGGAUGAAAGCUUAGAUAUUAGGACUAGACCUUUCUUGUUUAACGACAGAAUUGAUCCUCGACUUGAGGGUGAUUAUCCCGUGACUGCAGCAAUGCAGAUGGGCACAAUCAUCCAAAGAUGCACCGAGGACAGGCCUACACGACCCUCCAUGCAACAAGUUUUGGAUGUUCUGAAUCAUAUUGCGGAGAUUCAUUCGUACAGAUAUGAGUUCAGUUGUUGUUAAAAUAUAUAUAUAUAUAUGAUUUUAGUCUUUCAGUUGUAAACUCUCUUAAAAGAGAUUCGUAGCAUAUGCUAAAAUAUGGUUUACCGAUUUACGAUUUUGCAAAAUAAUUUAUACAAAACUGAAAGUAUAUGCUAAUAAAUAUGGUU